AUGACUUCUGCACUCUUUGUCUGCUCUCUGAUAUGUUUGUUCUCGGGGCAAAUGGCUCAGGAGACUUCUCAGGAAGUGUCCGUCCAUCAAGAGAGACGCUUCAUGUCAGCUGAAGUUGGACACACUUUGACUCUGCAAUGUUUCUAUGAAGGGGAUGAUCCAGCAUGGCUUUACUGGUACAAACAAAGUCUGGGUCAGACACCCAGGCUCAUCUCUACGUUCUACGUGUUUGAUACAAAGAUCACUUUUCAGGAUGAAUUCAAGAACAGCCGCUUCACACUCAGAACUGAAAACAGAACACAUCACUUAACUAUAUCUGAUCUACGUAUUUCAGACUCAGCCACUUACUACUGUGCACGUAGCUAUACAUUUGUCAUGACUUUCACGGAGGGCACUAUCGUCCAUGUGAAGGGUUCAGGUUUGAACACCCCAGCUUUGGUUCUUCGGUCAGGAUAUGAGACCAUCCAGCCAGGAGGCUCUGUGACUCUGAACUGUACCGUCCACACUGGGAGCUGUGAUGGAGAACACAGUGUGUACUGGUUCAAAGACUCUGAGGAAUCUCAACCAGGACUCAUUUACACCCAUGGAGGCAGGAGUGAUCAGUGUGAGAGGAAACCCAACACAGAAACAAAUACCUGUGUCUACAACUUCCCUUUAAGGAGCCUGAAUUCUUCUCAUGCUGGGACCUACUACUGUGCUGUAGCUUCAUGUGGACACAUUCUGUUUGGAAGCGGGACCAGGCUGGACUAUCAAUAUAACGGGGACUCUCUCGUCUCGGUGUAUAUCUUGAGUGGAGCUCUAACAAUCACCACCAUCCUGGUUGUUUUACUGGCUAUCACUGUAUACAAGAAAAUCAAGGCCAACCCCAGCCAAUGUACAGAGUCUCACCCAAGAUGUUCAUCUCCGUCGACUGGAGACUCAGAGGGUUGCAGAGACACCAGCAACCUCCAUUAUGCCGCUCUGAGUGUUCAUCAGGCCAAAAGAUCAAGUAGACAGAGGAACAGCACAGUGGAUGAUUGUGUGUACUCCAGUGUGAAGCUCUAG